UCCCAGGUGUUGAAGAAGAUGUUCAAGUGCGCACUGAAGUAUCGCUGCCAGGUGCUGCGCACGUCGGUGCUCAGUCAGACCAUGCUGUAUCUGCAGCGCCAGACCGCCGCCCCACUGACAGCUGAACAGGUGGAACGAACGUACGCUUGGGCCAAGAAAAAGACCGAGACUGACCAUCCCUCACUCACCCUGGACUACGUGCUCCGGGAAAUCUCCCUGGACAACGCCAGGAAACAGCGCAAAACCUCUGCGAGAAGUGCGGUAUUGGCUUUGCCGAUUGAACUGCUGGUGGAGGUCUUCCAAUCGCUGGAUUGCAGCCGGCGCGUCCGCUGUCGCCGUGUCUGCGCCUUGUGGAACAGCAUUCUCACCACGGAAACCUACUUCCCCGAUAUCCACAUCGACGGCUGGUCGUCCGAGUAUCCCGACUUCCCGUUCAUGCGCGACAUGUGGCUGGUGACCUGUCUGCUGAAAUGCUUGACCACCGCCACCACGACCCUGGUCCUCAGCGGCAUGGGGCUCGUGGACUGCCGGAAAUUGUCGGCGGUGGUGCGUCAUCUCCGCGGCAGUCACCGCCUGCCGACGCUGGUGCUGUUCCAGGCCUGCUUCAGUAUUUUCGAUACCGAAGACUACAUGUACGGGCAAAUUGACGUGGUAUUCGAGCACAUGGUCGAGCGGUUGACGAGCCUGGCCGAGGAUUUCGCGGCGGACCGUCGCAUGGUGUGGAAGCAGUGCCGCGUUAUCAGCUUUCUGGAGGCGGUUGUGGAGCAGCACGUAUUCAACGUGCAGUCGCGGGAGGAGAUGGCGGUGCAGGUGUGGGAGGUGUUCGAGAAGGGUCUGCUGCUGCAACGACCGUUGGACCGGCUGGCCGUUAAGGAGCGAAUCGCUGCCUGCAUCGCUGAACACAAUGACGCUGAGAUUGAAGAUGUUGUCAAGACGGUGAACAACUACCAGAGCCCGGAUCCGCGUCCCGGCACUGUGCACCGCGGGCGGCUGUGGACGGCGGCGGACAUCGGGCAGUUGGACGUCGGUCAGCUGAGCGUCCUGACGGUGGCCAACCUCACAGUCAGCGAAACCCUUGGUUCCCCUCUGCCCGCUGCGUGGAGCCCACAACGCUAUCCUGACACGGGCCCCUAUUUCGAUUAACUGCCUGGUCUCCUGGACGCCGGUUUCUGGUCAGCUCCGUGGUCGGACUGUUGUAACUGCGCUGUUCUGCUCAGUGUUGAGGGCUGCGUAUAAACAGCCGGUUUUUCUCUACCGUUGGCUCAUCGUUCACGACUUUUCUCACUCGCUGUUCUGUUUGAUUAGACACUGAUUUUGUAGGUGAAGUCUUCCUGCAACAGUUGCUUACGUUUUUAUUUGCUAGCCUUUGUGCAUUGACUUACAAUCCAUUCAGAUUCAAAACCAGUUCACCAAUUGGACGAAAUUAUUUCUAGUAGGUUGAUUGUUGUUGUCUUUUUAUUGCCGAUUUGCAAAGUGGUAAAAGUUUCGUAUAUGUUGA